GAGGAGGAGCCGCUUCACAGCUCAACUGUCCGUCUGUGUUUUGCACAACAAGGAGGCAGAAGCAAACAGUGCGAUGGCGGCAGGAGGAGGAUGCACGGACAGCGCGGAUGAGUACCGGGCCGAGGUGGAGCGCCUGAGCCGCGAGCUCGCUGAAGCGAACCGGGAGAAGAUCCGCGCGGCGGAGUGCGGCCUCGCGGUGCUCGAGGAGAACCAGGGUCUGAAGCAGCAGUGCGCCGAGCUGGAGGCUGAGCAGGAGGCGCUCAAGAGGGAGCUGGAACAGCUGCAGGAGGCAUUUGGCCAGGCGUAUUCUAACCAGCGGAAAGUGGCGGAGGACGGCGAGACUAAUGAGGAGACGCUUCUGCAGGAGUCCGCCUCUAAAGAGGCUUAUUACAAGAAUCGUCUAAUGGAGUUGCAGACGGAUCUCGUCCUGAGUCGCUCCGUGGCUUCCAACACACAGGCGGAGAGCGAACGCCUUAACAUGCUACUCCAGGACUUAAAAGAGAGUAAUGAGAUGCUGGAGCUGCAGCAGGCCAGAAUGAGAGAAGAGAUUAAGGAGUAUAAGUUCAGAGAAGCCAGACUGCUGCAGGACUACACCGAGCUGGAGGAGGAGAACAUCACUCUGCAGAAACUCGUGUCCACUCUCAAGCAGAACCAGGUGGAGUACGAGGGUUUAAAACAUGAAAUUAAAGUGUUGGAAGAAGAAACAGUUCUGCUCAACAGCCAAUUAGAUGAUGCACUGCGUUUGAAGGACAUCUCAGAGGGACAGCUAGAAGAGGCGCUGGAUGCUCUGAAGAGUGAAAGAGAACAGAAGAACAGCCUGAGGAAAGAGCUAUCCCACCACAUCAGCCUGACCGACAGUGUGUAUGGCACCAGCGCACAAAUCCCCAUGUCCGUUGUGGAGGGAUUAAAGUUUGCAGAAGAGCCGACCAGUAACAGCACCUUGGCCAUGGGCUCUAGUCCCAAUAAUGAGGACAGUAAUAGAUGUAACGGAUGUAAUGGCCAUGGGCCGAAGAUGAACGGCGACUACCAUCGGCCGAUUGGGAGGAAAGAAACGCUAAAUCCCGUGUCUGAUCUGUUCAGCGAACUCAACCUGUCUGAAAUCCAGAAACUGAAGCAGCAACUUUUACAGGUGGAACGAGAAAAGGCCACCCUACUGACUAACUUGCAGGAGUCUCAAACCCAGCUACAGCACACGCAGGGAGCACUAACAGAGCAGCACAAGCGUGUGAAUUGCCUUACGGCACGUGUCAAUACAAUGAAACGUCUGUGCAGCGACAAGGAGCUGGAUGCCGAGGAAACCGAGAAAGGGGACACUCCUUUGAAUGGCUGUCGUGAGUACGACAUCGACAUUAACGGCAUUGAGAUCCUGGAGUGUAAGUACAAGUUCGCUGUUACAGAGGUCAUAGACCUGAAAGCUGAGCUGAAAGCCUUGAAGGAGAAGUGCAAUCAGUCUGUGGAGAGCCAGUCAGAAGAGCGCAACCGAAGUGAGGGGAAACUGAGGUCACUUUAUGAGCACGUGGCAUCAUUGGAGAAGGAGUGUCGUGAGAGCCGUGAGCGAAUCACCGGCCUAGAGGCUGAGCUCCGAUGCGCAUCAUCCAUGUCCAGUGAGAGUCAAUCCAUGCUGAAUGCUGCUCAGGAUGAGCUAGUUACCUUCAGCGAAGAACUUGCUCAGCUCUACCAUCAUGUCUGCCUGUGCAACAAUGAAACACCCAAUCGAGUCAUGCUAGACUACUACCGUCAGAGUCGUGUCACACGUAGCGGAAGUCUUAAAGGCACUGAUGACCCCCGUAUAUUGCUGUCUCCACGUCUCGCCCGACGGCUUGCUGCUGCCAACUCGUCCGAUCCUUCUCGCAGCCCUCAUGACUCCCCCUUAAAGGAGGCAUUAGGUGAAGUAGGUAAAGCAGAGACAGUGAGUCCCAACAGAUCCCCUUUUGGCUCCCCAGUCCACAGUGCCUCAUUGUCUGCUUCAUCCAUGCAAGAGGCAAAUGGAGAUCUUCGCAAAGAGCCUUUGAAUAUUUACAACCUGAAUGCCAUUAUUCGAGACCAGAUCAAGCACCUACAGAGAGCAGUGGAUCGCUCACUGCAACUGUCCAAACAGAGGGCUGCUGCUCGGGAGCUGGCGCCCAUCUUUGACAAGGACAAGGAGGCCUGCAUGGAGGAGAUCCUGAAGCUGAAGUCCCUCUUGAGCACGAAGAGAGAACAGAUAGCCACUCUACGGCUCGUACUUAAAGCCAACAAACAGACUGCAGAAGUGGCCCUGUCUAACCUCAAGAGCAAGUAUGAAAACGAAAAGACCAUUGUGACAGAGACAAUGAUGAAGCUGAGGAAUGAGCUAAAGGCUCUGAGAGAGGACGCUGCCACUUUUUCCUCUCUGAGAGCCAUGUUUGCCACCAGGUGUGAUGAGUAUGUUACUCAGCUGGAUGAGAUGCAGAGGCAGCUGGCAGCAGCAGAGGAUGAGAAAAAGACUCUGAACUCCCUGCUCCGCAUGGCCAUCCAGCAGAAGCUGGCCCUCACGCAGCGCUUGGAAGACCUGGAGUGUGAUCAUGAGCAGUCACAUCGUGGGCGUGGAGGAAAGACACCAAAAAUCAAAACCAGUCCUCAAAAAUCUCUUGUAGAUUGUCAGCAGCCUGCUGCACCAGUACCGCCACUCUCCCGACAAGUGAGGAGUGGGAGAGUAUACACGGCUCGCAGUACUAAUAUUGUCAUAACACUUCGAGAAGACGAGCUACAAGAAGCCAACUCCAGACUUCCCUGCGACCCUUUUAAAUGCCUGGCACACCAGUCCAGUAUACCUGGUCCUUAGCCCCUCCCACUGGUUCCCCGCAUCCCACCAUUUUCUGUCGUCCUGCCUACUUCUACUUCCGCAGAACUAACCAGGGGACAUGGUUUUUAAACAUCCGGUAAGGUGCUUCUCUUUCUGUGUGACUUCAAAUGGACUCGCCCUGUUUUAACCCACGUUGGUGAGCCAGGAUAAUGAACGGUGCACUACUUUGCUCUCAAUGCUUACAACUGAACACAUCUUCCAUUGAAAAGAGAGAGAAUGAUAAGGCCUGAAAUUAACUUUCUUUUCUAUUUAUUUUCUAUUUAUUUACUGUAUUUAUUUUGUGUGACUGGAAUGAAUUUUCAACUGAAAACAUAAACGGUGCAGCUUUGCUGUGGAUCUUUUUAAUAUGAGCAGCUACGUAUAUAUAAAAAUAUUGGCUUUUAUUCCACACAUACUGUAAAACAAUUUUUAAAAGCAUCUAAGCGGCCUAAUAACAUGUAGUGUGUUUAUCAAUAAUUAACAUUAAUUUAUUAAAUUAACGGCUAUUAGCUAAAAAAAAAAUGGAUAGGUAGGGUUUUUGUUUUUUUUUCCCAAAGAAAAAUGAAAGUGAAAUAAUCUUUGCUUGAGGUCUUACAUAAUAGACCAGAACAAGUUAAAUCAAGUAAUAAUUCUCUGUACAUGCCUGUGAUUAAGAGACAUUUGGUUUUGGCCUGCGUGAAACCUUCUACUCUGUUCCAAUUAAAGUGAUAUGAUAUUAUUAUUAAGUUAUGAUGCAACACAUAAGGUGUGUUUUAUUAAUUUAUAUAUUUAUGUGUGUAUUUUAUUUAUUUUUUGCAUUGCAUUAUCAUAAAGAUUAUAUUUUAUACUGUUUUUUUUUUUUUACAGUUGAUGUGAGCAAGGUAGGGAAGAUUGUUUAAAUGUAGGUGAUACUGUAAAAGUUAAAAGGCAGAUAGUGAAUACUGGCCACAAUUUGGUCUGAUCAUGCUGUGCUGAAACUUUCAACAGUGUCAAACCUUAAAACCUGUAUACAGCAAUUGAAAUGUUUUGCAUCAUAUUUUCACUAAAACGGUGAUGAUGGGUGUAAUGUUUGUCUUUGCUCAUGCUUCUCUCCUUUUCUUACCUGUGAUUUAAGCACAAGCGCAUUAAUAAUCUCAAUAAUGAUUUGGUCUUUAUACUGUCAAACAUACCAGCAGGACAAUUUCAGAUAUUUUUCUGAUUUCAGAUGCUAAUAAAAGUGUAAAGGAAAUUGUUAAACUACUGAAUGCAAUCUGCACUCUUUCAAUAGGUAAGUAUCUUUGGAGAACAAAGUUCUCUAAUGACACUAAAAAAAGAAGUCAUCUGAUGAAUGGUCUCAUUGAGACGCCUGUUUCAGUCUUCCUGGUACUUCUGGUACCAUAUCUAUCUCUUAGUUUACAUGGAAGGGCGUUUGAUUGUUUUGUAUGAGACGAUUGUGUUCAGUUUGAGAUACUGUGGUUGCUUCAUGUGCACAGUGGUCUAAUAAGGAAAUGAAGUGAUGUACACUGAACUGGACAAUCACCCUCCUUGUUUCUGGUGAAAGCAUAGUUGUGACAGCAGGACAUAAUGAUACACUGCUUUUUGUGUAUAUGUAUUCUCUUGUUAAUAAUAUCAUGAUUCAUGUAUUUGUUCAUGAAAUAAAAUCGGAACUCAUGAUUCAGU